AAAUGUUUUCUUUUUUUUGUCUAUAAAUAAAUAAACCACACGACUUAAAAAAAUUAGUGCAAAGAAGAAUAAGAAAAAAAUGGCAAAUUUUGUUUUGCAGGUUCCAAUUCCUUUGAGGAGUUUUCAUGUGUCUGCUUCAUCCAACUCCAACGGGGCUGUUUCUGGAAGCAGUUCUUCUGAUAAGGGUGUGGGUCCAGUGAUAAUUGAGCUUCCUUUAGAUAAGAUAAGAAGACCUUUGAUGAGGACUAGAUCAAAUGAUCAAACCAAAGUUCAAGAACUGAUGGAUAGUAUUACUCAGAUUGGUCUUCAAGUGCCUAUCGAUGUGCUCGAGGUGGAUGGAAACUAUUAUGGUUUCUCCGGCUGUCACCGGUAUGAGGCUCACCAACGACUUGGACUCCCUACCAUACGCUGUAAAAUUCGGCGUGGUACAAAAGAGACUCUAAGGCAUCAUAUGCGCUAAAAUGUAUGAUCAUUUUAUAUCAUUCAGAUUUGGUACAUGCCAAUUACAAUUAGUGGUUCUAUUCCAUGUAAUGACAGGAGUCUCUGUUGCUUCCCAAGGCAUAAUAGUGAUCCCUGUUUGAUCAUAUUAUAGAUGAUACAUCGUGUGUGUAUGUAUACAUAUAUGAAGAUGCAAAUGUUUCUUGUUGAUGAUGAUCAAUAGUACACUCCAUUGUUACUACUAAAAGAAUGCAUUUUGUAAUCGAAUUUCUCUU